AUGGCUUCCGCAGCUCAAACUCAACGCCGCAAUCUCCCUCUUCUGGCUACCACCGAGAUCUGCUCUGGUCGUACCUACAUCGUAACUGGUGCAAACACAGGCCUAGGGUUUGAGGCAGCCAAGCACUUGGUCAGUCUCGAAGCUGCAAAGGUCAUCCUUGCUGUACGCAACAUCGGCGCCGGUGAGAAGGCCAAGAAGGAAAUUGAGGAGUCAACAGGAAAAACUGGUAUUGCUGAGGUCUGGUUGCUGGAUCUGGCAAAUUAUGAAUCCGUCAAGGCAUUUGCACGCAAGGCGACUACUGAGCUCGAUAGGAUCGAUGCGGUGAUCGAAAACGCGGCCGUGGCGGUGCCAGAGCGCGUCCUUGCUGAAGGUCACGCUCUGUCUGUCACUGUUAAUGUGCUCAGCACGUUCCUUCUUGCUGUGCUUAUCUUGCCAAAGAUGAGGGAAACUGCGCAGCGAUAUGGAACCGUACCGCAUCUGACCCUCGUGACCAGCCGGGUUGGAUUCGAUGCCAAAGAUUUCUGGGAUAAGAUCAAGGAUGAUCCGGUGAAGAAGAUGGAUGGAGAGGACAUUCCACCGCUGCACACGUACCCGCUCUCCAAGGUUCUGACAACCAUGGCACUACGCUGUCUUGCCACUCUGAUUCCAGUGGAUCGAGGUGUAGUGAUGAAUCUGGUCUGUCCGGGACUCUGCAAGACCGAGCUCAGCCGCAACGCACCAGCACAAUUCCGGGAGGACCUCGCCAAGCGCCUCGCAGAAUACGGACGGACCGCUGAGGAUGGUAGCCGCACCCUUCUUCACGGAGCUGUGGCGGGUAAAGAAAGUCAUGGAUGCUUGCUUCAUUCCUGUGAGAUUGGAGAAAACGUGGUGCCAAGUUGGGUGACAGAUGAGGAAGGAAAGAAAUGGCAAAAGCACAGCUGGGAAAUUGUUGCUAAAGAGCUGGACUCCAUUGAGCCUGGAUGCGUGGGAAAGGUCUUGAAUUGA